AACACACUUGGUACUCAAGCCUUGGACUACAGAGAACCUGAUCCUGAGACAUCAUAAUGUCUUACCAAGAGCAGCAGUGUAAGCAGCUGUGUCAGCCUCUUCCUGUGUACCCACCCCCAAAGCCUUGUUCUCCUCCAAAGUGCCCUGAGCCUUGUCCUCCCCCAAAGUGCCCUGAGACAUGCCCUCCUCAGCCAUGCCAGCGGAAAUGCCCUCCUGUCCUGGAGGCACCAUGCCAGCAGAAAUGUCCAUCCAAAAGCAAGUAAAAGCUUUAGCAAUCAUCAAGACCAAGAGAAGAGAAGAGAAUCCAUUGUGUACUUCCAUAACAACACCUCUAUCUUCCCUUCACAACCUCUCAUGGAUGCAGAAGAAUCUUCUCCACCCUUCACCCCCCUUCCAUGCGCUAGUGAUAUUCUCUGAUUGGGAAGGAAUUUCCCUGAAUGUAUUCCUCUGCUGCUGUCAAGGGACUGUUGGAAAUGGUCCUUCCUUUGUGGCCUAGUAUUCCUGAUGGUGAGAAGGAAGAAUAGCAAGUGGCAUCUUAAUGCCUGUAGAGGGGCUUUCUCAGUUUGCCUCUCACUUGGCCAGGAGUGAGACAAUUCUCACUGAUGUUUCUUUUUCUGAAUAAACAAUUUCAGUGAUGGU